GCUAUUCUUCCCUUUGCCUAUGCGGCUUUAGGGAACGAAACAGGGGUAUUUUGUAGUUUCAGAAUCCUUGAUUUUUUAAGAGCUUGCACCUGACAUAAUGGACUGGUUGGACGCGACGUAUCAGACCAAGCGUCUUAAUAUCAGCGUUUGCCGAAACACCAAUAGUUCAUAACCAAUUAAUCAAUGCAAAUGCGAACGGCUGCAAAGAUGCUCAUCUUGCGUAUCUACGGAACGUCGGCUUAGAAGGAGCACCGACCGGCCACAUCAUCCUGCAUCCUUGUCAUCGUUUAUGGUUUCUCGUAACAAGCCGAGCUGCUGGGCGCUAGCUACACACGCAGUCGGGAGAAUGGAUUUCUAAGCACCAGAAAAAACUCCGCCAAAUUUUCGCGGAGUAACGCUACGCAGUCCAAAAAGUAUCCACCACGAAGUCCCUCAAAACCCGACCAGCCGUCUUUCUUGGUGUCAGCUCCUCCAAACUGUGCACUUCUUUAUAUUGCGUCUGUUUGCGAGUGUGAUUUUGUCUGCAGAACGCAUAACGGCACCCGUUUUCGCCCACUUUGCGCACACAGUGGCCCGUUAUUCGACUCUUUGUUGAGCUUGGUGGGGUCGUAGCCGGUGACGACAUUUUUCUCCAAUCCCACGAAGGCUCCGGUUGACGAUUGCCAAACCCUAUCGACCGACGAGCCAUAGCGACCAAUUCGAAAUCAUGGGCCUCCUAGCUCUCGGAACGCCAUUGGAGUGGCCGGAAGCCAAGAAACGGGCUGACCAAGUGAGAGAAUGGGGAAUCAAGCAACUCCUCGAAAUUUGGAACAAAGCCAAGGGAAAGGAGCGAGAUGCGCUGCUCUGGGGAGACGAGGUUGAAUAUCUCGUCGUCACAUACUCCAAGUCCAAUGAAAGAGUCCUACUGUCUCUCCGCCAGGCCGAGAUUUUGAAAGCUUUGGCUGCUGACCAAGAGCUUGCAAAGGCCGGCGGUUGUGUCCCUGCAUUGCAAGACACGACCAGCUCCGAAAACCACUCGCUCCCCGUCUUCCACCCCGAGUUUGGUCGAUUCAUGUUGGAAGCUACCCCCGGCAAACCCUGGGGCAUUGGUUUCAGAGAGCUGCUUGACGUCGAGCCCGACAUGAAGCUCCGACGAAAGAUUGCGAAGGAUCACAUGCGAGACGACGAAUACCCCAUCACUUUAACGACAUUCCCACAGAUUGGUAUCCCAGGGCAAUUCACAGAGCCUUUCUACCCGGUCUCCGGUCCUAGGCUUCGAUCGCAGUUCGUUCCCGACGAAAUCGCCAACCCUCAUAUUCGGUUCCCUACACUCGCCGCCAACAUUCGCUCGCGCCGAGGCCGCAAGGUUCAAGUUAAUGUCCCCAUCUUUAGAGAUGUCAAGACACCAAAUCCCUGGAAAGAUCCUACGGUGAAUUAUGAUCUCCAUGAUUGGCCUGAAGACGAUGAUGUUAGAAACGGAGCGGCACCUGACAACUUUAUUCACAUGGAUGCAAUGGCCUUUGGCAUGGGAAGCUGCUGUCUUCAAAUCACAUUCCAAGCCAAAAACAUCGACGAAGGCCGACAGCUCUACGAUCAGCUGAGCCCGCUUGGCCCAAUCAUGCUCGCCCUUACGGCUGCUACGCCAGUGUAUAAGGGAUUCCUGGCCGGCACCGAUGUACGGUGGAACCAGAUUAGCCGUGCUGUUGACUGUCGCACGCGCGAAGAGCUUGGAGAAGAGAACAACCGCUGGAGAAUUCCCAAGUCACGAUACGCUUCAAACUCUACAUAUAUAUCAAACGACUCUCGUCUUCGUCAAGAAUACAUGGAUCCAAACCUUGUCUACGAUCCUGAGAUCAAGACGAAGCUCAUGGAUGGUGGUAUGGAUGAUCGCCUAGCUACCCACUUCGCGCAUCUUUUCAUCCGCGACCCGAUUGUCAUUUUUGAGGAAGAUCUCCAGGAGCUUGACUUAACCAAGACUGAUCAUUUCGAGAACAUCCAAUCGACCAACUGGCAGCACAUGCGCUUCAAGCCACCACCCGCUGAAAACAACAUUGGCUGGCGAGUUGAGUUCAGAUCUAUGGAGAUUCAGGUUACGGAUUUCGAGAACGCCGCAUUCUCGGUUUUCAUGGUUCUUGUUACUCGUGCCAUCCUCUCCUUCGAUUUGAACUUUUACGUACCUAUCAAAAAGGUUGACGAGAACAUGGAGCGCGCUCACCAGGUCGACGCCACGCUGAAUGAGAAGUUCUUCUUCCGUAAGAACCCGUUCCCACUACGACCGUCGCGCGCCAACACCGCUUUCGGCGACGACAGUCGACCGGGCUCGGCUAUCCCAAGUCGAGCAGCUUCUCCCGGUGCAGUUGAGGACGAGUACGAGGAGAUGACCAUCAACGAUAUCAUCAACGGCUCACAAGACGGCACCUUCCCUGGGCUGGUUCCAAUUGUUGAAAGCUACUUGGAUAGCGUCAACGUGGAUGUUGAGACACGAUGCGAAUUGGCUACAUAUCUUUCGCUAAUCAGCAAGCGAGCAAGUGGUGAGCUUGACACUACUGCGCGCUGGAUCCGCAACUUCAUCAACGCCCACCCAGCAUAUGCUCAGGACAGCGUCGUCGGUGACGAAAUCACCAAGGACCUCAUCGAAGCUGUCGUGACGAUUGGUGAGCGUGAGGCCAGCUCUAAGGGCUUUGCCGACACUGGUAUCCCUGGCGUAGAAAAGUUUCUCGGCAAGUUUCGAAGUGGCCGAGCGGACGCUGCGGAAGUCCCCCAACAGCCGGCAGCUGCAUUGGAAAACGGAGUAACGGAGAGUAUCGAGGGUGUGACACGGAAACGAAAAAGCGAAUUCAUUGAAGAUGGGGAGGAGCAGCGAUCGUAGGGGUACUGCAUGUGUAACAUUCACAGAAAGUGGCUUCGGCGACUUCGGGGUUGCGAGUAUCAGAGCAAGCUGACCCCGUUGUUGAGCACCAGCCUUCCAAAACACAAUUAAUGAUCCAAUAUUUGGGAACUUUUUUUCAAUCCUCAACUACUCUUGCACAUAUCAACCGUGACUCUUGCGUUCAAGGAACCGCACCCAGUACUCCGUCCAAUACUCGCUCUACGGUGACAACCUCUCAUGACAGAUCCUAGUACGCCGAAUUGAUGAAAAACAACGGGCUACCCACGGUCUGUCUACAUCCUAGGGCCCCAGCAAGUUUUCAAUACGACUCGGGGAGUUGGGCUCUCAGACUGAGACACCCCUGUGCGCCCUGCAAAACGGGCAGAUCAGAGGCCGCAGAUGAAUCAUGCGGAUGGUUGGGAACACAGGAGGGACAAGCCAAGAAUUUAUGGAAUGGCGGGUCUUGGGCUUAUCGGCCCUACGCGUGGCAAUAGUACUUGGAUAUGAAUCGCUCAAUCGCUCCGCUAUGUCUCAUAUCGCUGUACCGGCCCCUUUGCACCGGCAAACAACUCAGCAGCAAUAUUGAUCGGGGGGUUUUAGGCCAGCAAGCUAAAUCGCUACGUACCAGAUUUAUGACUCUGUACAUAUCUGCAUCUUUCCAUCUACCAUUUUAGCAAGACAUGAGCGGGAGGGGCAUUGAAGAAACGAGCAUGUACUGAGUACCUACCUACCUUGCGCCAGACAGAUCGCCUGUGCAUGCAGCAGCCGUCGGCCCGCGAUCGAUUUCCCGAGGAACAAAGCAUCCGUAGCCACCCCUACCUAAUAUUUCCAAAAGAGCUAGCCAAUACAGAUCAUUUCAUUAUGCCCCCCUCCUGUCGUGACCUCGGAAAGCUUGCAGUCCGAUGUGAGACAUAAGGGAUGUCACACACCCCAGUACAUCUUGUCUUACAAGCUGCGAUCAGCCCAGCCAAAAAAGACUGUCUCGUUUCUGGUGCUGAAGGAGAUUACCUUUGCCACGGGGUAGAGAUACUAGUGGCUGGGGUAUGCAACCUGCGAAAAAGCCGUUAUUUGUCUUACUUUAGCCCCUCCCUUGCCGUCACAGACACGAUCGUCAUGGUUGGAGGGAGGUCGGCCGAUGUGUUAGGAGGUACAACGGCCAGCACACCCGGCCAUCCAUGUCGAGAGAUGGGCACGAGGCGCGGUACAUCUCGAUUCCGAUGGCCGUUGUGUUGGACCAGCCACCCUACGCCCCCUGCUUAGACCCUAGAUAUAGCCAUGACUAGAUGGUUGAAUUGUCUAGACAUUGGGGCGCAAGCCGGUGUGCUGUACUGCGACCUCAACAUGACUCUGCGCAGCCAUUAUAACCGAGGCCUGUUAGAGAAAAACGCUCUGAGGGUCAGAUCUAGUUUGAAACAGACGAGCACAAUGCUGCCAUGAGAUGCCGGCUACUGUCGUUCACACUAUGCGGUAUUGGCCAAUGUAAACUGUUUGUUCUGCGGAUCGUAUUUUGGGGUUACUGAUAAUCAUCUCAGGUGAUACAGGAUGAUAUUCAUGCUUCACGGUUAAUAUUGUAGACAAUGGUAUUUGGUAAAAAAACUUCUUGUUCAAUUAUGUAUGUACAUCCAACCAAGGCAACGGGCUUUGAGCCCAAUACAUUGUAUGUAGGUAGAGGGGACCUUGAUCAAGUCGAAAAGAAAAGUGAAAUCAGACCAAAAAAACUCCAUGAGCGAAAUGCCGAUUGAACGACACAGCUGUGAAACAGACGGAAACCCGACCCAAGGUAUCUGUGGUAAAAAAACAAAACAGUGACAGAAACCCAACCAAAAUGCAAAAUGCAAAAACAAUCAACGCUGUCUAUAUGCGAGUAGUACUUUCAAGGAAACCAUCCCAACACACUUUCGUCAUGACAUCCUAGUUGCGCUCCUCCGUCUUGGGACGGAUGGAUCGUGCUUCAAGCUGGCGCUUUCUCUCCAGCUUGGCAUAGUGCAGACCACAGGCAUUGCACAGCGUGCGAGCUCCGUCAGGGCCACGGCGCCAUUCGGGAGUAUCGACACGGUUGCAGCUGUGGCAUCUGCCAGGAGGGGCGGCACGGCCGCGGCGCUUCUUAACUUCGCCUCCGACGGGGUAUUGAGCCUUCAUGGGCUCUCCGUACAUGGGCACAUCGUGACCCUCACCAUAUGGCUUAGGCUUGGGGCCAUCGCGCGCACGAUCGGAUUGCAUAGAAGAGGCGUGGACAACAUCGCGAACCUGCUCAAAAGCACGCUUGAGGUAGUCGACAUUGGCGAGCAUAUCGCCAAUUUCUCUCUCCGUGGGUAGUCGCUCUGGGCCGUGCUGGGCGUGAGGAGAGCCAUAUAAUUCGGCAAAGUUGAAAAUGGUGCGAGAAUGCGAGGCAAUCUGUAAAACAAAAUGUGAGCAAAAUUGUUCAGGAAAGAUUUUCUUUUGGCUGCGGAAUACAACGUACGCGUCCGAAUGCCUCCUGGUAGUUCCAGGUCUCGUAGUGUCUGGGCGGGCCAUGCUGCUCGUAGCGAGAGCGGGCGUAGUCAUGGUGCUCACCGUGUGGUGGCGGGCGGCGAGAGUCAUAUUCACUGGGAGGGUGGCGAGGAGAAAUAGGAUAGCCAGGAAGAGGCAUCUGGCCAGGAGGAAGGUGGCUGUUCUGGUAAGGAUGCGACGAGGGAGCCGACGAAGGAUGAGGUCCUUGAGGAGGGUAUGUGCCGCUGACUGAACGGGGCUGUUCAGGAUGAGUGGGUGUCAGUUGAGAGGGGUGCUCAAGUUUGCCGGGAGGCGUUGAGCGGCGAUCUGGAUGAGGAAAUCCAGGGCGGCCGCUGAAGCCAGGUCGUGGCGACUCUGAGAAGGAAGAAACAGCAUCCUGUCGGGGUGUGAAUGAGGCCGGGUGAAGCGGCUGAGGCGAAGAGUGCUGCUUAUCCGAGUCUGGGUAUCCACGGUUGUGAGAAACAAACGGCGAAGGAAGACCGCUUGAGCCAGGCUGUCCAGAGGGAUGCGAUGAUGGCGGGAACUGGCCGGGACGAGGAGCACCUGAGAUGACUUCGGAGAUGGAAGGAAGAGACUGUCUGGCAGGUGUCUCGCCAUCGUCAGCUGCCCGACGAGGCUCUGAAGAUGAGAUCAUGCUGUUUGGCGGACUGUGGCGACCAAGGUGGCGAUCCUGGUAGUUGGAUGAAGAUAGGGCGUUGGGCUGAGGAGAAUAUUGCAGACUGGUUGGUGGUAGCACAGUUGCUGCGGCCAUGACAAGAUGGGUAGGAAGCAGCGGCAAGGAAGCGGAGACUCGGAUCGAUGUCUGGUGCAAAAGCUGUUGUCGGAGUCAAGAUAAGGUUGCAGUGGAAAAGACUAAACUUUUCUUUAAGGUGUUGCGAUUUGGAGAUGAGGGUCAACUUGGGGUGGUAGACGUUUGCCAACAGAACUAAGGCUAUGGUCGGGAGGGGGGCGGCCGAAGUGUAUAUAGAUUUUUGGGCAGGCUGGCGGAGCUGCACAGAAGCGGAUGGGUACAGAGGAAUGUAAGACGGACCUUUGCCGGGCUGUUGGGUCACCCACAUCCAUAGCGCGUGGCAAUGACACCAAUGGGCUAGGAGGGAUCUUGGUUUCUGUUUAGCUCCGUCGAUACAUCGAACUUGGCGGAGGGG